AUUACUUUAUUAUCAUAAAUAUCUUAUUUAUCCUUUUUUGAAAGCAUCAAGAUGGUUGAUACACUUUAUUGCACCCGUAUUUUGCCAAGCAGACAGUACUUUCCAUGGUAUUAUAAGAUUAAGAGACAACUGAAUGAUAUCCAGCAAAGAUAUGUCGAUCUACAUGAAAAGAUUUACCUUAAAAGUCCUGUUACACCAACUGAAGACAACUGCUUCACUGUGUGUCGUCAGCGUACCAGAUGGUCAACGGUCUUCAACACUUCUAUAGAAAAUGAAUUUGUUCCAAAUGCUGAAAAUCUUAAACUUCAAACCUUCACAACAGACGAGACUUUUAACGAAGUUAACACUGGAGAUGUACUUGUCAUUCCAUUUAAAACGGCCAUGCCUUUGCUAAAACACAACAUUGACCGCCAAAUCAUUAUUGUUGUAACUGAUACAAAAGAGAAUAGAGAUGCCAGUGAGCUAAUUCAGAAUCUCCGCUGCGUCAAAGUCUCGUAUUUGCAGAACCUUAAGAAAGUAGCCAGUCUCACACUUGAAGAAAGUAUGUUCAAACCUAUGAGGUCUUAUGCUGAACGGCUAGACAGUUUUUUGCACAAUAAUCGGAAACACAGGUCUGAAAAGGAUACAGAAAUGUUUCAUCAUUGUAAAGAUUCCGCUGAGCGUGUCUUCUUUGAAAUCAUUGGACUGUUCAAUAGAAGCAGAUUGAAUGAAGACCACAAACCAGAGGUCACAGGGACUCAUCAGCAUAAAGUAGAUGAUAAGGUUUUAAAGGAGUUAUACAGAGUUUGUCCUAAUGUUAAGAGUUGUGGAUAUCGAUAUAGUACUCUCCAGGUGUUUGUCAAUGAUAUGUCCAAUGAGAAGAGUUACAACCGCCUAAUAGAAAAUGUCUUAAAAGCACAUGGAAUUAAUGAUUUUAAAAUCGUGCCAGCAAUUUGUACAUAUCAAUCGUUUCUUGGAGUUGGGGCGAAAGUAUUGCCUACUGGAGAUGUAAAUCGAUAUGGAUCAUUGGGAGGUUUUGCAAAGAAAAACUCACACGACAUGUGUGCAUUGAUUUCAAGGCAUGUUGCCAUCCAAUCUCAAGACAUGCAGGUAUCCUUAACAAGUGAUGAUGGAUCAAUUCAAUCAAAAAUUAUCCCGGAGACUGUGCCCAUUGACUUUCCUGGGCCUCAAUUAGAUAUUUCAGCUACUGAAAUACUUGCAUCGGAUGUUUCCAGAUGCGAUACAAAAUUUAGGUCAGAGGAAGGAAUACGUAUGACUGGAAAAGAUUGCAUUUAUGACGAAACGCACUUAAGUAGUAGACGUGUCCAUAUUUGGGGUGCUGUGAGUACUCCAGGUCUUGGUAUUAUAACUAUGCCUGAAAUUCACGACAUAAAUGAAGAUAAUGCUUAUCUCAUCGUUGAAAACAGAGCAAAUUCAACUACUGUCAUGAGUAAAAAAGGGGACAGUGGUGCAAUGGUAUGUGCUGACGAUGAUUAUGGAUCAGGAGUUGAAGUAAUAUCAAUGCUAAUUGGCGAAGAUACAAAAAACCCUGGGAAGUAUGCAACGUUGAGAAUAGAUAAAGGAUUAAAGCAACUUGAAAAGCAAACGGACUCCAGCUUCCGUUUAUGCAAGGACUGACGACAUGACACUUAGGGUUACGAUAAAAUGUAAUUGAUAAGUAAUCCAGAAAGACAUAAAUGAAACGUAAAAUAAAGGUAAUACAAGUGUAAAUAUCAAAAGACAAAAGUUAUCAUCUAUUCCAAAAUAUGCUGUCAGUAACUUUAUACUUAUGAAAGAAUUUAUACUCUACUUAUGUAUGACGUUAUUUUUAAACAGAAUAUUGAAGACAUUAUAAUUGAAUUAAAAUUAUCGUUAAAUUCUUAUUUUGUGCCUCAAAUGGCAGAGUGUGUGUUCUUGUUUAUCCAAAGUAAACGAUGAUGCUGAUUUUGUUGACAUUAAUUACAAUGUACAAAAGAUUUUUAUAUAUUCUUGUUCUGAAUGAAAACAUUCCUAAAAGCUUAUACCUGAUUCGUAUACAAGUGUAUGUCAAAAAGUGCUGCAAAAGAUAUUUUGUAGAAAGAUCCGAUAAGUGAAACCAUGUUCUUAAAAUAUAGUUGUGGUAAUAAAUCAUGGAGACAAGUAGACCCUCAACAAAGAUGCUCUUAUAUACAAAAUAUUGAUUUGCAUUGCACAGCUCCGUAUGAGUGUUGAAUAGAUUGUUAUGAUAUUGUUAUAAGCAUGGUUGUCAGAUAUAUUUACAGUUACUUAUUUACUUCAUAAAUUUACUUA